GAUGCAGCUGCGGGCCCUGGGCCUGCGCGCAGCGGGGGCAGGCGCGGCGCCAGCGGCGAGCGAUGGGGAACUGCUGCUGGACGCAGUGCUUUGGGUGGCUCCGCAGGGAAGCGGGGCGAGUGCAGCGAGUGGGCGGCGGCGGAGGAUCUAAGUAUUUUAGAACAUGCUGGAGAGGUGAGCACUUGACUAUAGAGUUUGAGAAUCUAGUAGAGAGUGACGAAGGGGAGAGCCCAGGGAGCAGCCACAGACCUCUUACUGAGGAAGAGAUUGUCGACCUAAGAGAGAGGCGCUACUACUCUAUUGCUGAAAAGCAGAAAGAUCUCGAUGAGAAAAUUCAAAAAGAGAUGCAAGAGUGGAGGAGAGCUGUGCAGCAGAGCCACUCUGCCAGCAGUGCCUGGCCGAGUUCAGGACCAGAAGAUGACUUCGAAUCUUGUUUGAGAAACAUAAAAUCACAAUACGAGGUUUUUCGAAGUAGUAGGCUCUCCUCCGAUGCCACAGUUUUGACACCGAAUACAGAAAGCAGCUGUGACUUAAUGACCAAAACAAAAUCAACCAGUGGGAACGAUGACAGCACAUCCUUGGAUCUAGAGUGGGAAGAUGAAGAAGGAAUGAGCUGCACGCUGCCUGUCAGAGAGCGCUCCAGGACCGAAGAGGACAUCCCCACGCCGCCCUGGAGCCAGGCCGCCUCCGCCUCCGAGGACUCCAACGGGCUGGAGUGGGAGAGCGACUUCAUGGGGACCGAUGUGGACGCCAACGGCAACUCCGAGUACUCCGGCUUCGUGAACCCGGUGCUGGAGCCAACAGACUCGGGCCUCCCGCAGUGCGACGGGGCGCAGCAGGAUUGA